UCUUCUCUCUUAUAAAAACCUAACCAUCAACUCCUCAUUUUCUCUCAUGCAGAUCUCUCCUUCUUCUUUCUUCUUUCUUCUUCUUCUUCUUCUCUACUAAUAACUUAAAGAAGAGUAGUACACUGCCACUGUCUAAUAUAAUCUUUCUUCAGAGUCCCUUCUCCGAGAUGGAAGCGCAUUCGCCUGUCAUGUCAGGCAUAGGCCGAAAGCUAUGGAAUUUCCUGAGAAUCGCCUUUUACAUGAUGAGGAAAGGUAUCAUUUCAAAGCGAAAGCUUAUAAUGGAUAUGAAUUUGAUGAUGAAGAGUAGAAAAGUCAUCGGAAAAAGGGGCUUCGGGAAUCUGAUCUUCCAUCAAUCAAGAAGUGCCAUGACACCGCGUUAUGGCCCACGUGAGUAUGAAUUCUCGUGUAGCAACAGCCCAAAUCCUGUUCUCUUCCACACGUCCAAGCGCAAGAAUCACUACUUCCCCUGUAUCAAUGUACAUGACGAUGAUCUUGAUGAUUUCAAUGAGCAGAGGACGCCGGUUAUUGUAUUGCCUCGAAUUGAAUAUUCGCCGGCGUAUUCCAACAAUUCGAGAUUCGAUGGAUCUGAUCUAGCCGUUGGGGAGAGGUUGAGCCCCUUAUUAUCGCCGUUCUCGAUCAGGGUGUCGAAUUGCUCAUGGGACGAAGAGAACGAUGGUGGAAUCCGGCAGGUUGAUGAUGAGGCGGAAGAAUUCAUCAGAAGAUUCUACGAGCAAUUGAAGGUGCAGAGCCGGACGGCGUUGUUGCAAUAUCAAGAGAACGAGUACCAGAACAUGCUCGCGAGAGGAACUCGCUAGAGUCAUACAUACAUCCAUGCAUUACAUUGUCUUCGAAACCUUCCCACCAUUUUUACAAGGGAGGUUGUUUUGGAUUUUAUUUUUUAUUUUUUAUUUUUAUUUUUUAAAUUUUCUACAUUUUUAUUUUCUCUUAUAUGUAAAAGUUGUGUUGAUUUGUACAUCUGAUUGUAUGGUAUGAGUAUGGGUGUAUGAGUAUGCACAUGAGAGAAUAUGAUUCGUUACUAUUUGAUUUUGAAAGGGUUUGGAUGUUGGUUGUAUCUUUAUUUUUGUUUUUAAAUGAUUGUAAUUCGUAAAAGUUGCUUGGUUUGAAUGGGAAAUGGCCGGGUGUGUGUGAAAUGAUGCUUUGGGUCUAACUGAUUUUGGUUAGCCUUUUGAGGA